UAGCACCACUGGUCCCAUCUUGGUUUGAGAGAGAAGGGAGAGGAAAGCAAACCGUCCAUAUUACAGCUGCUUUGUCAGCACUUUCCACGGUGAUGGACCCUCCUGGUGGGGGAGAUGAACGGCGGAGGCAGGCAGAGCGUCUUCGACGGGAGGAGGCAUACUAUCACUUCAUCAAUGAAUUGAGUGAAGAGGAGUACCGCCUAAUGAGAGACAGCAACCUGCUGGGCACUCCUGGGGAGGUGACUGCUGAGGAGCUGCGGCAGCGUCUUGAUGGAGCAAAAGAGCGCGUUUCAUCUCAGCCUCGGACUGAGCAGCGCUCGCAGACUGCUGAUUCUGGAGAACAGCAGAGCAGUAGUGGUGAGGGAGAGGAGAGAGGGGCUGGAGGGAGACGAGGGGCAGGGGGCACAGAGCCUGGAGCAGAAUCUUCUAAUGGUGACUCAUUACUGGAGUGGCUGAACACUUUCAGACGUACUGGUAAUGCUACUCGCAGUGGGCAGAGUGGCAACCAGACAUGGCGUGCCGUCAGUCGGACCAAUCCUAACAGUGGAGAAUUCCGCUUUAGCCUGGAGAUCAACAUCAACCAUGAUCAGCCAGAGCCGGGGGAGCAUAAUGAUACUGCGGACGCUGCAGAGCUGCCAGUGACUGCCCCAAAUACAACUUCACCCUCUAUACGCACUGCUUCCUCUUUCUCCAACCCUCGCCCUUCAGCCAUGUCAAGGCCAGCUCCGUACCCCUCCCCCCGGCCAGCCCUUAGUAGAAGGAUGCAGACACGGCGUACACGUAGCAGCACUACCACUCUUUCUAUGAGCCCCCCUGCACUUCCUGCACCGGUGCCCCCCCCAGCUGCUGCUCAGAGGAGAGGUGCCACUUUGCACUCUUCAGCACCACCUCCCGCUGUUCCCAGUCCUCCUCUAGAUCAAACUACACCUUCACAACAUCAGGCCCUCAAUGCAGAAGUAGAGCAGGUUCGUGAUGAUGUGUCUGCUGCUAUAGACUGUCCCCGUGUGUCACCGCAGUCUGGGUCUCAGGCCCCAGCAGUGGGACAUGAAUCACGUGGUAGUAGGACUCGAUCACGUGGUCGUGCACGCAGGGCUGCAGCAGGGGGUGGGGUGUCAUCCCGCUUGUCUAGGCGAAGCCGUUCCCCCCUGCACAGAAUACCUGUUGUCACUCCACCCUCCAGCAGUGGUAUCAGUGGCUCUAGCAUCCACACUGUUGAGCCAGGCAGUGGCACCAGCUCUGUUUCCAUGGAGACAGGAGAGGCUGUGGCAGAACCUGCAGCUCUUACUGAGCCAGCUGUAGAGACAGCAGAACGUGAGAAUGAAUCACAUGUAAUAGGAGCAGGAAGUUCAGCGGUGCGAAGGCACCCAACCAUCAUGUUGGACCUCCAGGUAAGAAGGAUUAGACCUGGUGAAAACCGUGAUCGGGACAGCAUUGCCAGCAGAACACGAUCACGUGCGCGGGUUGCUGAGAAUACCGUCACAUUCGAAAGUGACAGUGGUGGAUUUAGACGCACCAUCUCCCGCUCUGAACGAGCUGGGAUCCGCACCUAUGUUAGCACUAUCCGGAUUCCACUGAGGCGCAUCAGUGAGACAGGCCUGGGGGAACCCAAUUCCACUGCCCUGCGUUCCAUCUUGCGCCAGAUUAUGACUGGAUUUGGGGAGCUGAGCUCCCUAAUGGAGACAGAGGCUGAUUCUGAAACUGUUGCACCUAGCCAUACAGAUGCUAUUGGCACAAAUAGUAACACUAGCCCAGCCAGUCGUCUGCAUACAAAUGAAAGUGCAGUUGGCCAGGUUGGUACAGGUGGGGUAGAUCAGGAGAGGGUGGGGCUGGUUGGAAGUGAGGACGACCAGGGUGGACAGGCCAGACUCGGAGGAGGGGUAGUAAGCACCACAGAAGGACGGGCCACCAGCAGAGACACCAACAACUUGGUAGAAAAUGGUACUCUGCCCAUCCUGCGGCUGGCACAUUUCUUCUUGCUCAACGAUGAAGAGGAUGACGAGCACCCUAGGGGCCUGACCAAAGAGCAGAUUGACAAUCUAUCCACACGCACCUAUGGUCAGGCCAGCCUGGAGGGCGAGAUGGGCCGUGCAUGCAGUGUCUGCAUCAACGAGUAUGCCCAGGGCAACAAGCUGCGGAGUCUACCCUGCUCUCAUGAAUUCCACAUCCACUGCAUCGACCGCUGGCUCUCCGAAAACAACACCUGCCCCAUCUGCAGGCAGCCCAUACUCGCAGCGCAUCAUGACUGACCUAUAUGCUCACAAACGCAACUGUCAUGUUCCUGGCUGGCUGAACUGAGCAGACCCAAGUGGGCUUUGCAUGUACAUAGCGCUUUCAUGGUUUCAUUUCUUUGAAAAUAUCCAUUGUGUUGAAGUUGAAGAAGGUUGAACCAAAAGUGUGGAAAAAGGAAACUAUAAAUGCAAAGAAUUAACAAAACUUUAUUUUUUUAGACUCCUUGUUUUCAGCAACUUAUUGUUUUAUUUUCUUCUUCCUGUGACCUGUUUUGCUGGUCUCUGUCACAAAGCUUCAGAGGCCCAUGUCAGUGGAUGGCAUUAAUGCUUAAGGAGCUCCUGUAGCCGCUGCUGACUAGUCUCACUUUAACUCUUUAAUGUCGGAUACACGUGACGUCUCUUUGUCACAACUGGACUACACAAAUCACUUUUACACUUGAUUUAUUCAGUGUAAGCUGUAAAUAACUCACCAGUGCUUGUGUUUAAAGGUUUUGAAGCGAGAUGCUCUUCACAUGCCAUCUGUUUAGAAUGGAAACAGGAAACCUUCACUUUUUUAACAUUAACCAUUUUAAAGCUUCAGUAUCCAUUUUAAAAUGUCCCUUUACAGUUGGUUAAGAAAUGUAUGGUUUAUUGGGAUGUGUAUGAGCAAUGUAUUUCAUUUUGAAAUAAGUUUCUUUUCCUCUAUAUCUGGUAUUAUUUGUUUCAGCCCUCUCCAUAAACCUCUCACAUACAAUCCUAAUACAGAAUUCAUCCAUAAAAGUAACCCACUAAAAACAGCCACUUUAACAUCACCAUAUGAGCAGUACAAUUCAAAUGAAAUGCAAAAGGCAUGUGAUAAUCAGGAAUUCAGAGCUGUAAUUUAGUAUGACUUGUGCAAUACAAAGAGAAAAGACAGUAUUGUUUGUUUUGCUCUUCAUUGUUGUUUACAUUGCAAUGCCUGAUUAUCAUCUCCAGUUAAAAACAAAGACUUGCAAACCCCCGAAAUCAAUGUUUCCUCUUGGUUCCUGUUGCUUAUUUGAAUCCAUUGCUGACAAACACCCUGGGACCCGUGUCAUGAUGUCGCACUGAGUAGUCAUCGUAAUACAUCUGCUGAGCAACAAAAACAUGGAACAUUGAUUUAAAUAAUAAAAACUAGAUCUCUUAGAGUUUUUACAGUUCCAGCUAACCCAGAGUUUGUUUUUUUUUUUUUUUGCAUAAGAUAGGUGCUGGAAAAUUGUUGAUCUUUGGAGCAUCUGCUGCAGCUCUGGCUCCAAAACUACAUUCACUGCAAAUGAGAACACAUCUCUUCCUAAAUGGCUCUGUGAUAGUGCAAUGUCCGCAGUCUGUUUCAGUUCCAGUAAAAGUACCACACCUGAAUAAGGCAGUGUUAGUAAUAAGAUAUUCACGUAUGCUCUUCAUGGUUUGUUUUUCCAUUAAAUCCACAGAUAUUGGCGUUUCUAGUGUAGCACAGGUGGAUUAUUUAGCUGAACCACCUAGUCCGUGUGUUCCCACCAGGGUCACUUUGUACAUCAACAAUAACAGUACACAGGAGCUACUACAUCUCUGCAGUUAACAUGUCACUAACAAAACUGCAGGAAUGAUGCAGUAUAUUAUGUAAGAAUGUGAGCGUGUGGGUUAAGUUCGUAUGGGUUAAUUGUGUGCGCUUGUGAGUGUGUGUGGGUACUGAAGGAAAGGUCCAGUGUCCCAAUAAACCUGGUUCUCAGAAGGCUUCUGUUCAGUGAAUGACCAUCUUGGAGACUUGGAGAGGGUUUUGGCCACUGGGUGCAGAAGUGAAUAUUUAUUCUGUUCGUAUUUAAUAAGAUGGAAAUCAACUUUUGAAAUAUGAAUAUGUAUUAUGUUAUAAUGUGUGAGAGUAAAUAAAACAGUUAUGAUGAAUAUGUUACUAUGUCAUACAAUGAAUGAAGACAUGGGUUUUCUUCUCUGCUCCUU